AUGGAGUCCCUCGCAGAUACCAAGUGGGAUGUAGUGAUCAGCGGCACUGGGCUCCAGCAAUCCCUUCUUGCCCUAGCCCUGUCGCGAUCAGGCAAGAAUAUUCUGCACAUCGAUCCCAACGACUUCUACGGCGACGCCGAGGCCGCCUUAGGCCUGCAAGACGUCGACGAAUGGGUACCAAAGAACAGUGCUGCCACCCCAGUGCCGGGCAGUGGCUUUGCGGCUGCCGAGGUGGAGAGGAUGGAUGCUGUCGGGGACUCACCCAGUCUGUCUGCCUCCAGGGCCUACUCCAUCGCCCUGGCUCCGCAGCUGAUACACACCAAGUCUAAGCUCCUCUCGCAGCUGGUCUCAUCGAAGGCCUUUCGUCAGGUCGAGUUCCUGGCUGUUGGCUCCUUCUACAUACUUCAGCCGGCCGAGUCGGGCCCGUCGCUGAACCGCGUCCCUUCCACCCGCGAGGACGUAUUCUCCAGCACGGCCAUUCCGGCUCGCGCCAAGCGGUCGUUGAUGAAGUUUCUCAAGUUCGCACUCGACUACGAGUCGGAGACUAACAGCGAGAGCUGGAAGUCUAGGGCCGACGAGCAGCUCGACACCUUCCUCGCCUCCGACUUCAAGCUCGACGACCGUCUGCGGGCCGACAUCAUGUCCCUCACCCUGACUCCGGACGGGCUAGUGUCGGUGCGAGACGGCCUGGCCGCCAUCAAUCGUCACAUGACCUCGAUGGGACUUUUCGGUGGCGGUUUUGCCGCCGUGUACCCAAAGUGGGGUGGGCUGUCCGAGGUAGCUCAAGUGGGCUGCAGGGCAGGCGCUGUUGGUGGUGCAGUUUACAUGCUCGGGACGGGCCUUCGGGAAGUGAAGCGGACAGAGGACGGCGCCGAGACACCCUUGACUGUGGCGCUGUCGAAUGGCAUGACUGUCAAUGCUCAGUCCCUCGUACAGUGCCCCCAGGGCGGCGAUGCUGGGGGGGGUGGCCUGCAUCUGAGAAGGCUGACGGCCAUCGUCGGAUCCAGCCUGUCGCCUCUCUUCGAGACUGUUGUCGAGGGGGCACCGACGCCGGCCGUAGCCGUCGUUGCUGUCCCUGCUGGCUCUGUCGCUGGCGACAGUGGUGUUACCUCCAGGUAUCCCAUCUACGCCAUGGCGCACUCCAGCGACACUGGGGAGUGCCCAUCUGGUCAAUGCGUCAUAUACCUGAGCACCGUGUCGACACCCGCCUCGAAAGAUGUCCUAGAUAAGGCUCUGUCAUCGCUUCUGGAAGCGGCCGUGCCAUCGGGCCAGAAGCCCCCGCCGUGUCUGUACAAGCUCAGCUACGAGCAGACGGCAACGACGGAUCGUACCAACGUAGAUGACGACGGACCCAUUGUCAACAUCCCACCUCUUCCCCUGGACUUGUCUUUCAAUGACGGUGUCAUGGACUGUGUGCAAAAAGCAUGGGAGUCUGUCAAGGCCGAUGAUGAUACCCACGUGUCUGAGUACAUGAAGUUUGACGAUAGGGAGGGUGCAGAGGAUAAUGACUUUUACGACUAA